CAAACUUUCCAGAAAGUCCAGGCAUUUACUAUCUCAUGCUCCACGCUGCCACCAAAAGGGCCACAGUGGUCUGGGUUAGGAACGGCGGUUAGGCGGGGAACUGCUAAGGGACGCUGUUGUGCUUCUUCCGCAGAAAGCUGCCAGCUGAAGAAGCCUCUGGAGGCGGCCGGAGACUGUAAGGCGGCGGAGGAGAGCGAGAGGCCCAAGCCACGCAGCCGCCGGAAGCCCCGGGUCCUCUUCUCGCAAGCCCAGGUCUUCGAGCUGGAACGCAGGUUCAAGCAGCAGCGGUACCUGUCGGCGCCCGAGCGCGAGCACCUCGCCAGUAGCCUGAAGCUCACGUCCACGCAGGUGAAGAUCUGGUUCCAGAAUCGCAGGUACAAGUGCAAGAGGCAGCGACAGGACAAGUCCCUGGAGCUGGGCGCCCACGCGCCCCCGCCGCCGCCGCGCCGCGUGGCCGUGCCGGUGCUGGUGCGGGACGGCAAGCCGUGCGUCA